AAAACGUUUGUUCUCUGUCGUCAGUGGAAAAUCAAAACAAUCGUGAGGAAUUCCGUGAAAAUCGCCAAGAAUUUCUAUUUAUUCCGCGACGAAGCCAUAAGUAAUCGGAAAUAUGGCUGACUAUUGGAAGUCCAAUGAGAGGAAGUUUUGUGACUUCUGCAAGUGCUGGAUUGCCGACAAUAAGCCCAGUAUCCAAUUUCACGAGAAUGGACGGCGACACAAGGCGAAUGUGGAGAAGAGGAUAUCGGAAAUUAGUAAGAAGGCGGCAAAGGAUGAGAAGAGCAAAAAGAAGAUGGACAUCGAGCUGAGGAAGAUGGAAGAGGCCGCCAUGGCAGCCUAUGCUCAGGACAUUCACCGCAAUGCAGACAUGACUUCGCAGAAUAUCAACAGAAGUCUGAGAGAGGCCGAAGUGCAUCCGGACAGCAUAGCGUCCACGUCCAGGACGGAGGAUGUGCCGGUUGGGCCGCAGAAGCCCGUGGAUCCGCUUCUGCCGCCCAUGGACCCACAAGAGCUAGCCUUCAUCCAGGCACAGAAGGCGGCGGCAGCGGCACAAAAGUUGGAGGAGAGCGGCGAGGAUCCGACUUUGUGGUGCGAAGCCAAGACUCCAGAAGGGUACACAUACUACUGGAAUGUGAAGACAAACGAAUCUGUUUGGGAGGCGCCCAAGGAGGGCUUCUUGUCUCUGGAUGAGUACAACAAAAUCAAUGAUGCGGCCGUGAAGCAGCAGGAGCAGCAAGUGGCCAAGGAGACACAAUUCCAUCGAGACAAUGCCGAUGAGUUCGUUGCCAAAAACAUGCGAGAGCGCCUGAAGCAUCGUCGCGUGAAGGACGACGAUGACAGCAUAAGCGCAAAGUGGGCGAAGCAGGAGGACUUCCAGGCGGUGGACACAUUCGUCUCGCCCACUGCCGGUCCGUACGGGAAGUGGCAGACAGUUGCGAAGACGGAGGAGAAGCGCGUGGAUCUGCAGCUGCCAAAGACAAAGUUUGCACCUGCCUAUGUGCCGCCGGUUGCGGAGCCGCCGCCGCCGGAGAGGGUGAGAAACUUCAAGGAGAAGGUGAUAAGUCUGGACAGCGCGACGGCCUCGAGUGUUCCAGGUUUCUUCAAGAAGCGCAAAAUUCAGUUUGGAGUGAGAAACACGCGGCAGAGAUUGAAUGAUGAUUAAAUGAGAGGAUUGCUU